CAGCAAAGGAUAAUAGAAGUGCGCGCGGAAUAUUGCUACGUUCAAGUGCGGGAAAUUUAUCUAGUAUUGAAUUUGAAUGUGACUUCGAAGUGGCGUUUGCUGAGGGUGAGAAAAGUUCGCUUUAAAACAACAACAAAUUGCAGUUCGGUACAUCGAAUACAUUUAACGUUUCGAUCUGUGUUGUGUUGAAGAGAAAUAUUAAGCCUCUAAGAAUUAGUUUCUGUCACCGGUGAGAAGCAAAUUGGUAGUAGUGUAGUGGAAAAGCAGUGGCAAAAAUUUGAAAACAGAAGCUUCUUAAUGGUCGUUACGAUAUCGCAGCCGGAUUAAUGAGUCCCUCGGAUACUGAAUGUGCGAUCGAGAAUAUAUUAAUGAGUGAAACUGAAUGCAUAAGUAAGUGAGGAAGAAAAGGAAUAAAAAUCUGUGUAGAGCAGUAAUGGGAAAUAUGGUAGUGAGAUGGUAAUUUCCAUAAAUAUCGACUCCCGGAAAACAUAAUAUUAGCAGUGACCUUACCGAGAAGCAAUUUCAGAACCGCUGUAUGUCUGAGCUUAAUGGUAUGUGGGAAAGUCUGCCAGCCAACAACUGGAUGCUAGAAGGGUUGACUCUGAUAAGUUUGGGGAAUAACGAUUCUUGUGCGAUUGAAUAAAUAAUACCAAUAUUUCGGGUCAGAAUAGGAAAACAUGUUCUUAAGGGGAAACCGACCAAGUGAGACUACUCAUGCCAGGAAAGGAGUAUAUCUAAUAUUUUAAAAAGUUAUGGGAAUUGGAAAGGGUUCAUAGUAACAGUGGAAGUGAAACAAUAUUUCUCUUCGACCUUAAGUGUAGUGAAAUGAUGAAAACCUACUGAAAUAAGUAAUGUGUUAGUUCCUGAAAAACAGUAUCAAAAAAUUAUUGGGACCUGUACGUCAGCAUAAUACCAACAACCAUGGAUCUUAGAUUUUCCUCCCUCAGAUCAUCAGCGGGGAUGCUCGUGAACCAGGGGGCGAAUAUUCCAAAGUGAGCUCAGCCCUUCUUUCGUUUUUUCGGGUGAUGAUGGCUUAAAGCUUUUGCUGUCGUAGCAACAUAGACAUCUUUUCCUGCCGGUCCGGGAAGGAACAGAAUAAAUGCAAAAAGACGUUACGGCAUAAGAUAUGCAAAAGCAUUACGUUCGAGUUGGUUAUUGAGAAAAGAAGCGUGUAAACAGUGCUGCAUAUACACGUUUUUGUUCCGAAGUAGCUUUUUCGUCAGAGCAGCUUCUAGGGUGGAACAGGUUUUCGGUGGAUGCGAAAGGCAAAUAAAUAGAUGAUAAUCGACAGCUACGAUGCUUGAUGAUCUGCGUGAACCACCCGCGGGGUUGCGAGAGCGAGUCGUGAAAAUGCCGGUUCAUUGUUUGCUUUCCACAACCGAAAAAUGUUCUCACGGUUUUGAUUAAAGAUAAGAAAAGUCAAUAGCAUAAAACAAGCUGCAAAGUGAAAAUACGAAUCCAGUGAAGUGUACUUCUGUAGAAAUACACAAUAAGAAGCUGAGCCGUCAGCUUUUGUGAUGUGCUUGGCAAACAAGGAGGCUGCUGUUUAUCAAGUGAACGGAAUAUUAGAUUACUGGGAAAGUUCAAAAGUACGAUUUCUUGGAACAGGAGCUGUUGCUUGGUAAGACCGAAAACGUAAGCUGUAUUUUCUACAUGCGUUAUCUGUAACCUGCGUUCAGUAGUGCUGAAGGAUAUAAAAAAUUAGUAUUUCCAACAAACCAUGCGUGAACCAAAUAUUCAUAGAAAUGAUGUGCAUGCAGUUGUAAGGAGUCCGGUAGUGCUUAGUGUUCGUAUGGAGAAAAAAAACUUCAAACUAUGUACUCGAAUCACAUAUGGGCGGAACGUAUCACGCAUCAAUUGGUGUGCAUAUAAUUCCCGAGUUUAACGCUACAUGGCAAAACCCUCGAGAGCAAUCAUCCCGUCUUAAUUAAAAUUCUAUUCAAAGGCGGAGGCAGCAAGAAGCGAACAUUUCUCUCCGCAUACCUGCACGGAACCUGGGCCGGAAUAGGAAUAAAUCUGGUCCUUGCCCCGAGCGACAAGUGCUACGGAACGACGACAACGGUUGUGGGAUAUUUGAAGUUCAAGUAAAAAGUACUGCGCCAACCACUGAGCAAGCAAGCGUUUUUCCUACCCCGGGUUAUUGAUGGUGGGCGGACAACGGGUGCAAAGCGUCAGCUGAUUACACUGACAGGCGAACCCGAGGUACGGGGUUUGGAUAUCAACCGACUUGCAACAGUGUAACGCUAGUUUAGAACGCUCAACCAGUAAGAGUAUCAUGGAAAAUGUGCACGAGAGUGAGACGGAAGAGCACGACCACCAGCUGGCACACAGCGAAAGCACAGCAACCGCCAGGGUCCAGACUAGCGUUCAAGUUGGGAAGGCUAAGUCUAACAGCAAUCACGGCGUUCGAGUGCUGUCGCCUUCACCGGCAAGCUCACCCACAUUUUCACGGGUUCAACCCUCACCAUCGCCCUCGUCGCCGGGUAGAUUCUCACUUUCCACACCGGCGGUAGCAGGACGUGAUUCCACCGACAGUAUCCCAGAAGAGCACGACCAACAGCAGCAGAACAACCAACAGGAGCUGGUUCCAAUCCGAAAGCAUGCCAACAACAGCAGUGCCAACAGCAACAACACCCGCAAACCGAAGGUGGACUUUGUACGCUUCGACUCCACCGAGAUUCACUUCAACGACAACGAGGAGAUGCGGACCAAAAUUUCGGAUGAAAUCAAAAGUGCGUGCAAACUAUCGGACAAAAAUAGGGCCGACCGGCUUGCCCGUCCACGAAUGUCACUGCUCGGGAAGCCGCUCAACUAUAACCGUGGCUCACGACGUGAUGCCCGUUAUAGGCGGCUGCAGAGCAGGGUCUACAACUUUUUGGAACGGCCGCGGGGCAUCAAAGCGAUUCUCUACCAUGUCCUUGUAUUCUUCAUGGUGUUCACAUGUUUGGCCUUAAGUGUCUUCUCAACUAUUCAGGAAUACGAGCUACAGGCAAUCGCCAUCUUAUUCGUCAUGGAAAUUGUCGUAGUUGUGUGGUUCUCGAUCGAGUUCUUCCUUCGAUUAUGGUCAUCAGGAUGUCGCUCACGAUACCAGGGAGCCGUGGGAAGGCUGAAAUUUUUGAAACGGCCUUUUUGUAUUAUAGAUGUAGUGACGAUAAUAGCUUCGAUAGCGAUACUUGUGAUGAGAUCAUCCGGCCAGGUCUUUGCGGCGAGUGCAUUGCGUGGCCUGCGGUUCUUCCAGAUCCUACGGAUGGUGCGGAUGGACCGACGUGGUGGCACGUGGAAAUUACUAGGGAGCGUCGUUUAUGCUCAUAGACAAGAACUAAUAACGACAUUGUACAUAGGAUUUCUGGGCCUUAUUUUCGCCUCGUUUUUAGUGUACCUAAUGGAAAAAGACGUAGAGGGAACCAAAUUCAGUAACUUUGCUCAAGCCUUGUGGUGGGGUGUGAUAACGCUAUGCACGGUCGGAUACGGUGAUAUGGUUCCGGAUACGUGGCAAGGGAAAAUUAUUGCAUCGUUUUGCGCCUUACUCGGAAUCUCGUUCUUUGCCCUGCCGGCGGGCAUCCUCGGCAGCGGCUUCGCCUUGAAGGUACAACAGCAGCAGCGACAGAAGCACAUGAUUCGUCGCCGUCAGCCAGCUGCGACACUGAUCCAAUCGCUCUGGAGAUGCUACGCAGCCGACGAACACUCGCUUUCGGAAGCGACGUGGAAAAUUCACCAAGUACCUCUUCCCAGCCCGCCGCCAUCAAGUAAACUGGAAGCAGCCGAAAAACUGGCCGCUUCCUCCGCCGCAGCGCGGGCGUCGUCGAGCUUCAAGCACAACGCCUCGUUCGUGGCCCGGCUUCCGACUAUCCGGCGGCACAAGAGCCAGUCCCUGCACUCGCCUGGUAACGCGAAACCACCCAGUGGCAGUGGCACCGGUGGAGGCGGAAGUGGUCGGUCUGGCCGCUGUCCGCGGGUGACGGACAUCAACGCUUCCUCGGAAAAUUUGGAAGUGACCAACAACGGUAGACCCAUGAACCCCAGUCUCAGUGAAGACUCGGUUGCGGAAACGGCACUGUCCAAGAAAAAUUCCGAUGCGGGUCUCGAGAUGGAGUCGAUGACGUCGAUAACGGGCACAGCCACCGGCAACGAUCUGGUCCCGGGGCGGGGCUUCCUGUCCACUGCCAGCCUGUAUCAGUCAACGUCCCGACGGAGCAGCUUUGUCAGUGGCAUAUUCUCGUCCGGCUCGCAGAGGCGUGGCAGCACGAACGAGAACAGUGCCUUGGUUGGCCAUCUCGGUUCCGGCGCUGCCCCUAACAGUAACGUGUUUCUCUCAGACUAUAGUAAUAGUAACAAUAGCGUAAAUUCCAACGUUCCGACUAUGCUAAGAUUUGGCGGUGCAACGGCCCUGCCAGUGCUGCUCUGCGGCCAGUUGCGCAACGAACUGCGCACCAAUCAGCAAACAAACAAACAAUUUUCAUUUUUCACACAACCAACUACUGACUCUCUCAACUAUCAUCUAAUUAGCACUCGCAACGAGGAUGAGGAACCAAGAUGUGUACAGUUAACGAACCAGCACAAAGGGGCAAUCCGAUUUAUUCGAAAGAUGAAGUACUUUGUAGCGCGCCGAAAGUUCAAGGAGGCCCUCAAACCAUACGACGUGAAAGAUGUCAUGGAGCAGUACGCAGCCGGACACGUCGAUCUGCUCGGCCGAGUGAAGAAUGUUCAAACUAGGUUAGACCAAAUUCUUGGCAAACAAGGAUCAAAAUCAAAAGAUGUAUAUGCAUCGAAAAUUAGCUUAGCUUCUCGUGUAGUGAAAAUUGAAAGACAAGUUGACGACAUAGAGACAAAGGUAGACACGUUUAUAGAGUUAUACAUGCAGGAUCGGAAGCGUCUUUUAUCACUUCCACUUCAUCCUGAUACAUCACAUUCCAACAAUCCAAACCUUCCAUCGUUGCCACCGAAAGGGGGCGGAGCAGCGGCUGUAAUCACAUCUGUGACAAGUAGUUCUAGUGGUUCGUUAAAACCAAAACCUAUUUUAAUAGAUAAACAAUUUUCGGAGCCGAAUUCACCGAUAGCGAAAAAUUUCGAAGAACCAAUACAGCAGAAACGUCCACCAAUGCAACGCGGAUACUCCGAUCUUGGUCAUAGGAUUAAGAAGCGCGUUACUUUAAGUUCUAUACCCCCGCAGUACGUGGGAAACAGCGCCGGUCAAGUAAACGAUCGUGGCGAUGUCGUAAUCGUAGUUCCUAACAUCGAUUCCGACCAGUUGGAUCCAGUCGGAAUAGAAGAACUGGCCUCCGUUUGCAUCGAUACCGAGAUCGAAAUCGAGCCCGGUAGCCCGAAAACCAUCACGGAAAGUUCAAUUAUCAUGAUGGAUGAGGAAGAUGAUGAAGACGACGACGACGACGACGAGGAGGAGGACAUCGAGGAAGAGGAGCUGGACAUCGGGGGUGAGAUAGAUCCGGAUUCGCCUCCCUGGGACAUGUACGGUGAUUUGGACGUUGACGAUCAGGACGAAUCGACGGAAAACACCGCACUGCUCCGAACGGCCGCAAAGACCGAAAUAAUUGUUACUCCCAUCAGUCCGGUCAGCUCUGCCUACGAACUGCACCGGUUGGACAACGAGGACUUCAAGCGACCACGGCUUGGCGUGACCGGAAUCAGCACCGGUACCAAUGGUGGACCUAAUGCCAACAACAACGACGGCGAAUCCCGUCUUCAUAUCACCGCUGGGUCCUCCACCAGCACCGGUGGUACCACAAUGGAUUCACUUAAACCGGAAAUGACCCCGCAGCGGCUCCAAAGGCUGUCCUCCGAAGACAUAUGAGAAUGGCUGAACCUAUCCCCAACAGUCCCUUUUGGUUUAUGCUGCCGUUGUUGGCCCCACGGCCCCGACGGCGGUCUCCCAUUCCAGCCCGUGUUCGGUUACUUAUUCCACGACGUUCAUCAGGCGGUGCUAGUCUUACUCGAGCUCGCUAUGUCAACAUUACUAGCAAUUCAUGCUGUGACCUCCGGUGCCCUCGCUCUGGCAGAGCCAUACGGAACGUACGGAUGUUUUCAUACGCGCGUCAUGUGUAACUCUCAACCGGACGCGCCGCACCGAUAGUCGGAAGCACUGGGGUAGGCUAACAGCACCGAACAGCAGUUGAUUUGCAUAGGUUUUACAUAAAGUCAUUUGUUAUUUUUUUUAUUCCUAGAACUUUCAAUCCUCAUUAAUCACGACAAGUGUGAAAUGGAAUUCAUGAAGACGAAUGUAGGUUUUAGAAUUGAAUUAGUUAAAGUAUUACUUAUUACGGUCUAGGAACAUGAUGGUAAGAUUUGCAUUUGCGGCCUUUCAAUUGUUGUUCUCAACAUACGCUUAAAUAUGACAAUUUUGCGAAUACAUUAUCCAUAUACCAGUUUGACUAAUUGUAGAAAAAAAUAUGAGCAGUGCAAUGAACGAACUUACUCGGAAGUGAACGUUUCAAGAGAAUUGGUUUUUAAGUUUUAUGAAUUAUGGAAAAUAUCCUGAGCAGAAAAACAUUCUUAUUACUUUUAUGGCCAGGUCUCAACAGAAAUGUCAAAAUCAAUCUUUCAAUUACUCUCAAUGACGAUCUGUGGUUAAUUUCGAGCUACGAAAACUAUUGUCGUUUUCGCUUGAGAAAACUGAAACUGACCCAGGGUAGUUUCAUCAAAUAAACACUUUUCACGAAACUGUGUUGAUUUUGCACUUAGCAAAGGGGAUUUGAGCAAACCUGAUACAAAAUCCAGGUUCGAAACUGACUCGAUUUUCAGUUCAACAACGUUGAAACUAGGUUCGAAACUAGCCUCAAACAAACGGUUUGAAAGCAGUUAGGCUGAAAACUGGGCUAGGUUAAAAUUCAAGCGGAAACGACACAAAUAAAAACUGCAAGGAUAAGCCUCUUAGGGUUGUUCGAGCUAUUGAUGUUGAAUAAGGCAAUUAAAAUGUUGAACGAUCGAUAUUUUCGUGCGACUUGUUCUGAACCCGAUCCCAAAGCUCUGUUCGUUUUAAUUGAUAUUUAUUUUAUACGAGUCGAAAGUAAAAUAAUAGCGAGAUUUCGAUAUGUAGCCGUUUUACGCAAAAUGUGUGUUCAAGUUUUGAUUGCAUGCAAUUGAAAGUUUUGAUUAUAUGCAAUUACAUGUUAGGUUUCGCUUACUCAUGUGCAACACGGCGAUUCGUGGUCGCACUUUGGUUCUACCAACCUCCAAUGAGAUAAAGUUUUUCUCAUUCUAAAAUGAGCUCCUUUAUUGGACUUCUAACGAUAGAUCGUCAAGUAACAGUUCGGCUGAAAAGUUCGUAUCGUUUAAUAGAAACACACAUUUUUUCGCCAAAAUUCGUUUUUAUUAUUCAACAUAAUUACCAUCAGAGACGAUACAGCGAUUAUAGCGAUCUUCCAACUUUUCGAUACCAUUUUUGUAGUACGAUUUGUCCUUUGCCUCAAAAUAGGCCUCAGUUUCAGCGAUUACCUCUUCAUUGCUUCUAAAUUUUUUACCAGCGAGCAGUCUCUUGAGGUUUGAGAACAGGAAAAGGUCACUGGGGGCCAAAUCUGGAGAAUACGGUGGAUGAGGGAGCAAUUCGAAGCCCAAUUCGUUCAAUUUCAGCAUGGUUUUUCGUUGUUGUUUUUGAUCGAUUGUGAGCUCACGCGGCACCUAUUUUGCACAAAGCUUUCUCAUAUCCAAAUAUUCGUGAAUAAUAUGUCCAACACAUUCCUUUGAUAUCUUUAGGGUGUCAGCUAUCUCGAUCAACUUCACUUUACGGUCAUUGAAAAUCAUUUUGUGGAUUUUUUUCACGUUUUCAUCGGUAACAGCCUCUUUUGGACGUUUUUGCGUUCAUCGUCUUCGGUGCUCAUAUGACCAGUACGAAAUUUUGCAAACCACUUACGAAUUGUUGCUUCGUCCGGUGCAGAGUCUGGAUAACACUCAUCAAGCCAUUUUUUGGUAUCGGCGGCACUUUUUUUCAUCAAAAAGUAGUGUUUCAUCAACACACGAAAUUCCUUUUUUUCCCUUUUUUCACAAUAACAAAAGUAGCUUCACUCAAAAUGCAAUAUCUCACAAACUAAUAAUCAGACAGCUGUGAAAUUUAUACACGUAUCUUUUGAAGGUUGGUACUAACUGAAAAUGGUAUGGAUUUAAUUCUAGUGGCGCCCUCUCAUAGAAACGAUACGAACUUUUCAGCCGAUCUGUUAGAUAGCACUGUAGUUCAAACGAUAAUGUUUACGAAUGAAGCUGUCAAAAUACAUUUGAAUGUUUAUUCCACCCCGGUGACACGAUUGUCAUCUGCAUACAAUUGGCUUGAAGCCGAAAUUUUUGGUUCUUUGGUUCUAGUUCGCUGUCAAAUGCUGUGUUUAAGCAGUGUUCCCACGUUCACAUUUUUCUUCAUGCGGUUGCACCUACAUAAGGAAACGAUUUCGGUGGAAUAUAAUCAAACUAUAAUGAACCACAAUUUCUUUAUCUUAUUCAAAAAGAAGAGAAUACUAGACUAGAGUUAUAUUUAUAUUGGGUUUGAAGAAAUUAACUUUUGACACCAGUGUGGUUUGAUUGUAUGAUAUGAACUAGAGAUGGGCAAACCGUUCGCGAACGGUUAAAAUGAUUGAUCAAUAGUUCUUUGUUGCGACAUUACGAAACCUCAUUCCAGUGACCUUUUUCUUUGUUAUUUUUCUCACUAAGCCCAAGCUCUCAUGUAGUCUUUGCAGAAACAUACAAAGAACGAAUGAUAGAACGAAAGAACUAGUUCUUUUGAUUGAACUUUCUAGUUCUGAAUGGUUCUUUCAAAAUGAACGGUUGGUCCUGUAAAGUUUUUGCCUGUUUGGAAAGCUGUCACUACAUAAGAGAAGUUGUACAGUGGCUGAACAGUUUUUUCAAAUGAACGGUUCUGCCCAUCACUAGUAUGCACGUAGCUUAACAUAUUGUUAACAACAAUGCCACCAAAACAAAAUGCGUCGGUUUCAGGAACCAGCUUCCAUAGCAUUCGAAUGAUCGAGAAAUAUUCUUUUAGAAUAGGGGAAAAACAUUGAUUUCUUUUAAUAAGAAUUUCAAUCAAUUAUCUUAAAUGUUUAGCCUAAGGGCUGAGGACAGUACCGUAAAGUGGUAGGUUUUUUGCUAUUUUCCCGUUUCAAAUAAAAUUUUCUUGGAAACGGUGCAGAAUAUAGACAAACCCAUUUGACAAUGUCUUCGAAAUUUAGUUGAGAAUAUUCUGUGAAAUUUUCAGAAUGAUUCAUUGAGUUUAGCGGUCGUAUUGUAUUUUUUUCUGACUGAAGAACUGCUGAAAAUUGGAACGCUCGGAAAUGCAUACCUCUACUUGUUCAUCGAAUAUCUCGGCUUUGAAGGCUUGUAUCAUAAAUCUACCGUGACAAAGUCUAGAUAAUUUAGUUUAGAUGCGAUUAGUUACCGCGAUAAAAAUAAAGUCUUGUAUUUUUCUGUGAAACAAAGUCAGUUUCAAUGCAUCCGCCAUUUUUUUCACUUUGGUUUCCUGAUAGCAUUCUGAAAAAGGAGAGAGAAAUAAAAUUGGCUCGACAAGGCUGCCAAACACACAGACAUUCAAUCUUUGCGAAAGUUGAAUAUUUUUUCAUUGUUCAUUGGAAUCCAUGUAAUAUCCAACUCAUACGAUAGAUUAAUGUGAUAAAACUUCUCAUCAAAAUAAUAAAAUGUAUGCUGGCAACCCGGUACAGUUUGCUCAUUGAAAUUAAGCGAGCCACGUGGUCCUACACGAUUCCUAUUUUACUCUAUGUGGUAAUUUGCUAACAUCAUCGUUUCCUUGAUUCAUGAAGGCAAACAUAGAACGCGCUGAGUUGUUUUGAGUUUUGCGUUUGAAAGCCAAUCCAAAAUUGAAAACUUAUCUUAAGCUUAAAAAACUAUUUAUCAAUUCUUUUAAUUUAAAAGCUUAUCUAACGUCAACAAGCCCCGCUCGGCCUUUUGACUACCUGGGCAGCCAUGGCCACCAGACGGCUACCAAAAUUGAUUCAGUGACGGCUGUCAAACCCAAUUUGGCAAAACAUAGUCGCCUGUAUCUUAGUUAGCCGAGAGUUUCCAUCUUUCCAUCUUCGCUGAAAAAGUGAAAGAUUUCGAUGUGGAAAAAUCCUGGUGGAUUUUCGGUUGUAUCGUUUGAGGUAAGGCAGCGGUAAGGCAGUCGAUCACCAUAUUUUGUUCGCUGACAGCGUUAAGGCAGCCGUCUGGCAGCCAUGCCCAUGCGGGGCGCAGGUGAGCAAAUUACAAUUGAUCAAAGCAAGCCUGUCAAAGCAUCCUAUCGUUUUGUAUGGCUUCACGUGACACUUGCACUCUGGAAGCAACUUUCCUCAGGUGUGUCUCAUGUGAGACUGAAGCAUUUGCAAUAAUUUCGAUUAUAUUCUAGAUUCGUGCUUUUGAAAAGUUCCGCUCUUGUUUUGAAAGACCGUUUAGAUCUAUGCUUUCUAGUGUCGUUUUUGCUUGAUGCCAAACUUAAUCCAGUUUUCACCCUAACUGCUGUCAAACCGUUUUUAAGCCAGUUUCGAAACCAUUGAUCUCAAAAUGAGUCAGUUUCGAACCUGAUUCUUAUAUCGAAUUUUCUUACCGGCCCGUUGCUAAGUGCGAACCCAACACAGUUUCGUGAAAAGUGUUUGUUUGAUGAAAUUACCCACAGUUAUGUAAAACCCGUUAGCCAGCUUAAUGUGUUAGAUUUAUAGCGUUAGCCAGCUUAAUGUGUUAGACCUUCUUCGUCCAGCGGGUAUAGUGUGAUGGGUUAGUCAAUGCCUUUCAAGCAGUCCACCUGGGUUCGAUCCCCAACCCUGCACAUAGGGUCAGAAAGCCUUUCUGGCCCAAAGAGGCGAAUGACCUUACGGUUGAAACCUCUAUAAUUGAAACAAAAAAAAAUCUUCGUCCAUCGUUUUAGCUAUCUUAUUCCACCAGGUCGUCAUCUGAUUGAUGUCUUUGAGAACCUUUCCCUUUGCCUUGAGUCUCCUCUUCAUGAUUGCCCAGUAUUUCUCAAUAGGGCGGAACUGGGGGCAGUUGGGUGGGUUACGGUUUUUCGGAACAAACUGGACCCCUUUCUCUGCAUACCAUUCUUGAACGACUUUGCUGUAAUGACAGCUUGCCAAAUCUGGCCAAAACAUUACGGGAUGGUCGUGAGAUUGAAUGAACGGCAAAAUUCGUUUUUGGAGACACUCUUUUUGGUAUAGUUCUGAUGUCAUUGUCUUAUUUGUAACGAAAACAUUCGUUUUUUUUGCCACAGCUGCAAAUGCCCUGCCAAAUCAUAAAUUUUCUUGAAAAUUUAUCGGCUAAAACAAAUUUAAAUUUAGCUGGAACAUCCCCCCGAGCCGUUGCCAAGUAAAAUUUUUGACCUAGGAUUUGCCCGAAGUCAGCCUUGACAUAGGUUUCAUCGUCCAUCAGAAGAAACCCGUCGAACUUGGUCAGCACCUGGUCAUAUAGUUUCCGAGCACGAAUUUUUACCACACUAUUCUGUUUUAAUGGUCCGAUUUGGCUGUUUGCUAGCUCGAUACGACUUGAUUCCUUCCCGGAGUCGAGUUCUCCUCACGGUACUAUGGGCAGCACCGAAUUUUCUGGCCAAAUCACGGUCCAACAGAUUAGGAUUCCUCUUAAUCGUCUUCAAAAUCUUACCACGCAGUUUCCGGUCGACAGUUCCACUCCGACGAUUGGCUUGAGGCUUCCGAAUCGUUAUCAAUAUUUCCUUAUACCGUUUGAUAACGCGCCAUACGGUAUUUCUGAGCAAUUUCAGCUGUUUAGCUAGCCUAGAUGCAGACCACAAUGGAUUUCCCAAAUAACUGUGCACAUUUUUUUCCCUUCUUUCGGCUUCCAUGUUGAUUGUUUAAAAGGUAACUUCCAAAUCUAUCCACCAGGAGCACCACAAUAUGAGCAAAAGUUUGUUCCAAUUCUAAAUGAAGCAAGUUUUAUCAGCACAAAUAAAUAUUCCUUAAGGUACCGCUGUGAUGAAAUAUUAAUUUUACUGAAAAAAAUACGCUCCCAAGGUUUGAACAGUUGAGAUCGGUAAUCCAUUUUAAGUGUGUACGUUUAUUUCGUCAGAUUUUCCAUUUUCACAAAGAAAUGGAAAGUGUUUGCCAUUUUCUGUAACCUGUGCGUUUUCAAACACUAUUCUUCCGUAAUGAAAUCGCAUGUUUUGAAACUUGUUAAAAUUACAAAAAUACCCUCCAUCAAGAGGAAAAAUAGAAAAUUCCACUAAUAUAUUCAACAAGUAGGUUUUUCACAUUGCCAGGACCCUACAAGCUUCAAAGUGGCGACUAUCAAAUCAGAAUUAAUAGUUUAUUGUACCUUAUUUGUAACGAAAAAAAUAACUGCUAUGCGUAGAAGCUGUUUUCGUUUUCUGCGAUAAAUGGAAACCCACAGUCCAAAAUGAUUUAUAAAAAAAUCAGUUUCUAGCCAUUCUCAGUUGCUCUACGAGUGGUUUUUCUGAAUGAGUGCUACGCCAUUUGAAACACACAAGCAGCUGCAGCUAAAUCCACGGGGAAGUCGAGGCAGCUGGUAAGCAAGUGAUUGAAUUGCUAUUAAAAUAUUAUGACACGCAAAAGCGUACGGAAAAAAAUCUCGCACUUUUUUCGAAAAAUCUAGCUCUUAGACUCUACUUGAAGGUGCUGUGAAAAUGCAAGCAAAAAGUGUUGACAUACUCACUAAAAACCGAUUCUCGAGCUCGGAAUAACGGAAUGCUGAAUCAGAUCAGCGGCACGAAAUUUUACUGGUUGUUUAGUAAUGCUCUCUUCUGCUAUUCGUUAGAAUAGUAUUCUGAUAUAUCGGUAAAACGCUUUUUGUUACCGCAGUUUGGUAUAAUAAUUUGCUGAACUUGUCAGCAAUUAACAAAUAUACCGAGAUCAUCAAAUCCGUACUUCGCGAUUUCGCACAAUGUGUUAGUUUUUUUCCGGAAUUCGGCGAGAUACUUUAAUAUCUUUUGUAGAUAUUGCAACGCAUCACGUCGAUUGUCGAUGAAUAUUUAGAAAAAAAAAAUAAGCUGAGCAUCUAUGUAAUAUAUGGAAAUAACUUUGGCUACUUAUUCUCAGCAAUUUUCAGUAAAUUUUUUCAAAUUUCUUUUGUAAUUUUUUAAAGUAUCCUAUAUCAAUGAAUUUGGUUUUUAAAAUGGCAAUUAUCAAAACGCUCACCUUCUCCAGUCCUAGUAAAUUGUAAGUGUGUACGAAGCGAUUUAUAGGCGCAUGCUUGUAAAUAAAAUGAAAUAUCGAAGCACUUUGAGAAAGCAAAUGUGCACAGAAAAACUUGGAUCGAAAUUGGAGCAACUAGGCCUCCUAUGAUGAAUCUUCCUCUGGGUAUUUCCGAGUAUAAAAUACGCCUGGACAACCUUCACUAGUGGACAACGGGUGUUUCUUAAAAAAAGAUUUGUAUUUCCAGACUAUUAAAUUUUAGGUUAGAGAUCAGUUUCACAAUCUACCAAGUAAUAGUUGAUUAGAAAAAAAGAAAACAAUGACCAAAAAAGAGAACAAAAUUUGAUUGUCAACUCAAAUUGACGAGUCCAUUUCUCGUUAGCUAAUUAAAAACCAUCUCAUUGAAACGUCAACGAGUGUGUGUGUGUUCGUUUUAUUGCCAGUCAUGCCAUACCUAUGAUAUUCCACGUUGCACAAGUACAUACUCAUUUACUCAUUACUCUGUAGCACAACCAUAACACCAUCAGAGAUAGUAGCUUCAUAGUCAAUUUUAUUACAUUUUACCCAGUAAUGCCAUUUGUAACGAAAACAAGCACAAAAUGACAAAGCUUCGCAAUUGCCACUGAAGCUAUUCUCAUGAUAAUAAUGCAGUCUCGAAUAUGUUCGAUCAGAUGACGCAUUGGGAUUCAGAAUAUAAAAAUACUCUAGUAUCUAGAAAAUUAAUAAGAAAAACUAAAAACAAAUAAGGAAAUGGUAGGAACCAAAUUAGUGAUCAACAAAGCAAACCACUAGGCCUGCUACUACUAGAUGCGAAAUAUGAUUUCGAAUGUGUGAAUACUAGGGUAACACAAUAGAUUGUUAGUAGUAAACUACAGCUCGUUCCAUAAAAAGUGCAUCGAUGCAAAUAAUAUUUUAAAAAAACAUGAAGGCCAAAAGCGGAUUUCGACGGUAAAAACCUGUAAGAAUAAUUAAUUAUCAGAUAAAAUAGCGAAAUUGACGACACAAAUAGCGGUAAAUAUUGAAGCUGUAAGCUUGUGGAAUUUCAUACAAAAAUGUCAAUUAUUAAUUAUAAAUCAAUGGAUAGUGGAAACGAAAUAGAGCAGAAAAAGUAUUACCUACGCCAAAAGGUAGGUAAGACAGACAAAGCCGUACCGUUUGCUGGUUUCAGAGUUUACACACGCACAAAGCUUGUUCGCCACGUGUGACUCGAAAUUGACAUGUAAAUAAACAAUAAUAUUUCCCCCUUUGGUGGAAUUAAUAUCCGUUAGCGACGGUUUCCGGACCCGAAAUGAAAAAAAGUGAUUCAUUCGAAAUCAUUGGAAGCAUUCUUUAAUUGUAUCCUUCGAGCGCUGAAAACAAAGCAUUAAAAGACAAUUUCAUGCGAUUCCACUGGCAAUCUGAGCGUGCAGAAUCGAACAUUCUUCCAUCAACAACAAAUACAACCACUGAGUCGCACCACAGUUGAAGUGACAACACGAAGUUCGAACCAGAAAGACAGAAUGAUCGAAUCUUCUUCUUGUAAUGAAGCAAACGACAAGACAAUAAUAUGCGAUGGAAGGAACCGCUUUCGAUCAAAAUUAUCCACGGGACGAAUUGAUUCGAAUCUGCGGAAUAUUACUGUUUAGUGAAAAUGAGGCAAAAACUAAUCGUCAUCCGUAAGAUUUUAUAUUCGUUACGUUUUCAAAUCCUUUACCUAUAUUCUUGUUCAAGAUACUCUAAAUAUAUUGUUAAGAAGUAGCAUCUAUCAAUAUCAAUACCGUUGAAUAGGUUAGUUUAUCUCAACAUUUCGUUAUUAAGUUUGAUUCGAUACUUUGUUAGUACUAUUAUUUUUGUUUUUUACUUAAAUUACGUCAAAUAAAGUUUCGUGCUAAUUUUUUUCGUUUUUCUUUUUAAUCUCUGGCUCUUUAAUAUUUUAAAUUUUAUUCACAUUGUUUUAGUCGAAAAAGCAAACAUAUCCAAUAAUAUCUGCACUGUUAGGAGUCUUAUCCUAAACCUCAAAGGAAGCAUGUAAGUAGUUUUAUCUAUGUAAGUAAUUGUCAGAAAGUAGACAACUUUGAAAGUUGUUUGAAAUAUAUUCCAAGUGCUCUCGAGUGCAAGAAUAAUUAAAUAGUUAAAUGUGGACCAAGAAACUUGCUAAACUCUUAAAAGGAGCCAUCUCGAACCCGUGGAACUGAUCUAUCAUUGAACUAGUCUAGAAACCACAAAAGCAACGAUUUUUCUUUAUCUAUAUUCCAUGGGCAAUAAUCCCACUUGUAUCAUCUAUCAUUUUCAUAUUGUAAUUUUUUGUCCUCAAAAGGUAACUCAGUUGAUGACGGCUUCAUAUUGUUAAGAAAAAAAGACGGGUAGGUUGGGUGAGUAAUGUCAGAGGCAUAACCGGAUUAACGUGACUGUAUUCUUUCACUGUUUCUCUGAGUUAUGAUUAAAAUACUUGUCACCGGUUCGGUGCGAAUGGCGCACAAAGAAAAUCAACAAAAUAAUUCCCCCGUAGGUUUUUCGUGAACAUAAGACCGCUCUCAACAUUCUUCGGGAUCAGUUUGUAGGUUCUGAAAAUAACCGAUUAAAAUAUUCCAUCAGUGUUAGGUCAGGUUCGCUAAAUAUCGAUGCAAAAAAUUGCAAAUUUAAACGGCACAUAAAGCAGUUCGGCCUUAUCACUUAUUACGAACAUGACAUAACCUCAGUAAGAUCGUAGUACUAGGCAUGCAAUGAUUCUGUACGCUAAGGUUGCUGUCAGAGUGAAAGCGUCACGCGAAGCGUCCGGACGCGCGUGUGAGCUAGUUACAUUUAAAAGUUCAUCAGAGGCGACUUGCAACGAUGAACUUCUGAUGAUCUUUUAAACUGUAAACAAGUACACGUCGACUGUCAAAAAAAGGUCAUUCUGUUCAUUUUUGUGAGGUUAUGUCAUGUUCUUGCAAAACCUAAUUAGGUUUUUUACCGUCACUGCUAACCUCAAUCGGAUGAACACAUUUUGACAGUUCGGCAGAACUGUUUGUAGAUAGUUUUUUUUAUUGUCUGUUGACAGACGGAUGAAACCGUUCACAGUCCAUCUCGCCUAAAUAGAGUUUAAAAACAUUUGUUGACGAUUCGAUUCGGUUUGUUUUAAAGAUUUAUUGUAUUGGGAAGUGUAAAGAUGAUUGUGAGGCGAUUUUUAAAUUCAAACGAUUAACCUCUGAUGAAGUUUAAUACUGUAAACAAUCCACCGGCGGCUGUUAAAAGAAGUUCAUUCUGUUCAUUUUGUGUGGUUGUUAGAUUUUUUAUCGUGACGUCACAAAUGAACAAGCAUUCAUCCUUGACAGUUCAGUGGUACUGUUAACAAACAAGCUGAAACAAAAAUCGAAUAACACGUCUUAAACAAUCAUCUUUACACUUUGCAACUAGUCACUUUUAUUUAAUAAAUCUCAAAAACAAACCGUAUCCAAUGUUUUAAAACUUUAUUUAGGCGAUAUGGACCGUAAAUGGUCUCAUCCAAUUUGUCAACAGACAAAAAAAAAUCUCUGUUUACAAACAGUACUGCUGAACUGUCAAAAUGUUUUCAUCAAAUUGAGGUUAGCAGUGACGAUAAAAAAAACCAUCCUCCUGCUAUGACGUCAUGUAACUGUGACCAGCAUCAUUCUGCAAAAACCAAAACAAUGAAGAAGAGUGGCUAACAAAAAAUUGGAUAUUAAAAACUACUUGUACCCUUUACCGCACUUCCCUACAAAUUAUCUAUCAGAAUAUCAUCACUUAGAUAAGAAAACUAAGAUUUUACUCGAUUUGAAAUGCUCGAAUGUUUGUUUACCUCUGAUUGCGCUCUGAUUGCCCACCAAAUGCCCUAGAUGUUGGCUACGAUUGCACUUGCUUGAGCGCCCUAUCGUUGCCACCGGGCUGUAAAAAACCUGAUUAGCGGCCCUUACACGAGUCAUUAAAAUUGUCAUUACUAAAAAAUAAUAUCAUUUUAAUGACUUUGACGAAUGAACUCGUAACGAAAAAUGUUCAUGUUUGACAUGUACCGGUGGUUUGUUUACAUUUCAAAAAACACGUAUCCAAAUUAGAAUGAACAUGCAAACAAAUGAAUGCUCAUUCAGCAAAUAUUACGAAGUUACACCGUGUUCUUAUAAAACCUAAUUGCAUUGCUUUAGUUCCGUGCGAACCUUCUUGCCAAUAAAAAGUUGGAUUGAAACUUACGGCCGCUUCUAAAUGCAGAACAAAUUCCGCAUAAACUUUCUCGCAACCUGAAAGUACAGAGCGCAAGUUGAAAGUUUGGUUAAAAUUCCGAAAGCAUUCUAAGCAAAGUUUAAAGUACAGAGCAAGUUCCCGGUAAACAUUCAAAUGUGGUUAUUACAUUAAAAUGGGCUUCUUAAGCCGAUUUAUUCUCUUUCAUCCGAACUUUGGAUGCUUUAAGGAGGAUCGAUGAAACUGUUCAAAUUUAUUCAGGUUUACUUUUUCUAUUUACUAUAACAUUGUAUACUUUAACAGUAAUAUCAAAUAGUUAAUGAUAAUGCUAACAACAGCUUUAGGAGUUGUUUUCUAUUUUUCAAAUCGAUCGAUACUCUAAGCUACCAUACAAUUGUUUUUUCCUAUUUUGCGGUACACUUUUGCUAGAGAAAAUAUUGCUAAAUUAGUCUGAGAUUAAUACAGUAUUUAUCAUGGUUCAAAACCAUUGAAAUUUGUCAAAUCGAAUGCUGCAGCGCCCGAGUAAAGCGAGGCAUGGUCGGUUCUUCUAGUCAAUUAGGAUGUCUCUUCAUGUGUUUUCACAUGCAAGGUAGUUUAAUUGGCAGAAUAAUUUUCCCGGAUGGGAGUUCGAGUCCCGUUUCUGUGGUAACAUUUUUGAUUUGCAUUCGCAUGUCAGUUAUCCUCGUUAGAUAAUUCAAGGCGGCUCUACGUCUUAACAAAACUAAAACAAAUCAUAGUGAAAAAAGACAAAUAAAAUUACUUCAAUACUAAUGCUAAAGACAUUCAUAAUCUUUUCCAUUGGAUAUGUUUACUUUUGUUCGUCAUUCAAGUCAAAGCAUUUGUUUUUUUUUUGUUGAAUUCUCGAGGUAAGCUCAAAUAGCGUACUCAAACUAGAUGUAACCACGCAGUAAUUAGCAAUUAAGACAAACCUACAACCUGUACAUAUAGGAAAAGACAAAAAGACGGAAAAAACGUUGUAAAUUUCAGAUAUCAAAAGGGUAAAGUUUUAAGAACAAUUGCAGAGUAAAGCAAAACGAAUCGAAAUCCGAAUCAAAACGUGUACAUAGUGGAAUAUAUGAAGCAGAUAUAAUUAUAGUUUAAAAUCAAUAUUACCAAAUGUAACAAUUACCCUAUAAAUAAAACGCAAUUAAUUACCUUUUAACAAUUCAUAUCAGUUGCCAAUUUUGCCUAUAGUUAAAUGUUUCGGCAACAAUCAAAGCGCAUGUAGUAUUUCUAAUCCGUCCUUGAUUUACUUUGCACAUUUUAUAUUCACAGUCUAUUUAGACGUGUAUUAUUGGGAAUAGUUCAAGUGAACAUGAAAACAUUAGACAGAACAAAAACUAUCCCGAAGUAAAGGAAGCAGUUCUUUGUUAAUAGUUGGCGUUCUCCAAAGCACCCGAAUAUAUUACAUAAUUUUUCCCUUAUCGAGAAUAUAAAGUCGUUUGAAGCUUCAAGAUUUAGAUAAUUAAAUCAUAAAACUUAUGAAAUCAAUUCCAAGUAGCAGAAUAAAAUAUUUGAAAAAAAUUUAAGUGUUGCCAGCUUCAGUUGCAAACGUUUUUAUGUGAAUUCUUAAUGUAGUUAACAAAUUUAGAGAUUCUAGCAAGGAAUGCUUCUUCUAAAAUAGUAGCCCAGUUAUUAACAGUCGGAUUUUAUGAACGGCGUUUCCAACGCUGUAGUUCUUGUUUAAACGAUAGAACCUUCUACUUUCUCAGCCUAACCGAAUUUCUUUUGAGUUACGUUUUAGUCAAACCAACUUGAAUAUACAUGAUAACUUUAACUACAAAUAAAGGGAUCACAGAAAAUGGUACAAGAGCUUUACAUAAAGAAUAAGAUAGAAGGAAAUAGUGAACUAGUAAAAAUGAAACAAUAAGGAGAAAAUUCAAAAUAUUGCUUACGCUGAUAAAACAUCCAGAUAAUUCAUUGCGCGUAUAGUAAGCAAAUAGAAAAAUAAAAUCAUAAAUUUUAUCUAGAUCCAUUUCUCAUUACGCAUAUUAUAGUUCAUUAGCAUGGAUGAAAAGUUUAUCAUUAUUUAGUCGAAAUAUAAAUGAAAACAAACAAGACGUAACAUAAUCUAAAAACAUUUUAUCGAAUUUUUGAUAUUGUUAUUCACAUUAUUCUAAUUAGUUUCCCCUCCUUAAAUGCAUUAGAUUCACUCAAUUUUGCCAAUAAAAUCUCACUAACCAGUGACUGUGUAAAUGCAAUAGGAAAAAAACGCAUGUUAUUAACUAAAAAGAUGCUACUGAUGUAUUUUUACUGUUUAACGAGCUGUAAAUUUUCAACAUGUAUAACUUUCGGUUUCGCUUCCAUUCGUAUAUAAGUAGCAACAUAGAGCAAGCGUAAUUAGUUAGCCUCAAAAGAAUAUACCUAAAUAGAACCAAAAAUAUCGAUACAAAAACAAAACUAUAUUUAUAUUAUGAGAUACGAUCGAAAGGAUUUUUUACUAUUCUUUUAUUACUAAUAACAAUUGUGAUAACGAGCGGAGAAACGUGAAUGCGGAAUGAUGAAGGAUAUAUUCUACUGUUACAAAAGAAACGCAUUAUUAGUAGUUUCGAGCUAGAAAUGUAUAAUAAUGUAAACUAAAUGAACUAAACAAAAAGUGAACUGUGUACAUAUAACAAUAACAAAUAACUAGCUAAACCACAUCCGUUGGUCGUACUCCACACGGAACUGGAAGUUCGAGAGAAUAACUUAUAAAAGUAAUAAAACAAUAUCGUAGUAA